AUGAAUUCUCUCAGUGUGGCAAACACCAAGUUCGUGGUUGACUUCCUCCGGGAGUUGGGGCCUUCGGCAGACAAUGCCUUCUUUUCCCCUUUGAGCAUCGCCUCAGCCUUCUCCAUGGUCUCCUUGGGGGCCAAGGGAAACACUGCACACCAGAUUAAGGAAGUUCUUCACUUCAGUGAAGUCGCAGGGGAGACAAAGAAAACCUCCACAACCAGCCACGCUGAAGACUCAGAAAUUGUACACCAUCAGUUUCAAAAGAUGCUGACAGAAUUAAACACACCCACUGAUGCAUUCGAGCUGAAAAUUGCCAACAGUCUUUAUGGAGAAAAGACUUUUCAAUUUCUUCAGGAAUAUCUGGAUGAACUGAAGAAAUUUUACCUAGCCAAUGUGGAAUCACUCGAUUUUGUAAACAAUACAGAAGAAAGCCGGAAGAAGAUUAACGCCUGGGUGGAAAGCCAAACAAAUGACAAAAUCAAAGACCUGUUCCCUGUUGAUAGUCUGGACUCAAGCACCGCCCUGGUUCUGGUGAAUGCAAUCUAUUUCAAAGGGCAGUGGGAGGAGAAGUUUAAAAAAGAAUAUACUGAAGAAGGAAACUUUUGGCUAAACAAGGAUGUGAGCAAACCCGUGCAGAUGAUGAAACAAACUAAGCAUUUCAAUGUUGCAUCACUGGAGGCUGAGCAGGCCAAGAUCCUGGAAAUACCUUACAAAGGCAAUGAGCUGAGCAUGAUUGUCCUGCUGCCCAAUGAAGUGGAUGGGCUGCAGAAGCUUCAAGAUAGUCUCACCGCUGAGAAACUACUAGACUGGACAAGUGCACAGAACAUGUCCAAGAUGCGAGUGAACUUAUAUUUGCCGCGGUUCAAGAUGGCAGAAAAAUACGACCUCAAGAACAUCUUGGUACGCCUGGGGAUGGCUGACACCUUCAAUCCAAAGAAGGCUGACCUCUCAGGCAUGAGUCAGGAAGGGGGUCUUGUAGUGAGCAAAGCCCUGCACCAGUCCUUUGUGGAGGUUACUGAGGAGGGAACAGAGGCUACAGUGGCCACAGGUGUACGCAUUAGUAAGACAUCAGCAAUGACACGUGAAGAAUUUUGCUGUGAUCACCCUUUCCUCUUCUUUAUCAAGGAAAAUAAGACCAAUUGCAUCGUCUUCGUUGGCAGAUUUGCUUCCCCUUGAUGGCUUUGUCCCUACUCUUGGGAAAAGUUCACAAAAGUUAUCCCAGUAAAUGCAUGGAUGAAGACAACAGCUUCCCUUUCAUUCGUUUCCUUCCCAGUUUCAUAGACACCACUGAAAACUCAGGAGUGGAAGGCACACAAUUAUUUUCCCCUUUCAACCCACAUAUAUGCACCUCCUCUUUUUCUCAUAACAAAUUCUCUUCACACAAAAUGUACAAAGUUAGGACAAAGUGAUAUUUCAAUACUGGUUCUUGUAAAUUUGAAAAAUGAUUCUGUUUGUGACCUGUUUUAGAUGAAACAAACCAAAUAAGACUUUAUGAGAUGAGGAGAAGCUCAGUGAA